GGGGUCCCUUCAACUCCAAUUGCACCGUCAAGAACCACAAACGCUUAAACUCAACCAUAGUUUAGCCUAAAGCCCCUUAACUUAAUUAGAACACACUGGUCUAUUUACUAGCUAGUGACCCUCUCUCACUCUCACCCUCUCUCUCUAGUUUCUUCUUUUGCUUCCUUCCAGUGAGCAACACCACCUCCCUCAACAAACCAACCCUAAACGAACCAAUUUAACAUCAUAAAAUUGUUGCAAGUUUCAAGUGAGAGAGUGACCAAUAAGUUAACUGUUAAUAUUAAUUUUUGGGGGGAGAUCAAACGGACGGUGGAGAUGAGCUGCAACGGAUGCCGAGUUCUCCGAAAGGGGUGCAGCGAGACGUGCAUACUGAGGUCGUGCCUGCAGGCGAUCGACUCCCCCGAAGCCCAAGGCAACGCCACUCUCUUCCUCGCCAAGUUCUUUGGCCGCAGCGACCUCCUUUCCUUCAUCUCCGCCGUCCCCGAACCUCAGCGCCCCGCUCUGUUUCAGUCUCUGCUGUUCGAAGCGUGCGGUCGUACGGUCAACCCGGUCAACGGAGCCGUGGGGCUUCUAUCGAGCGGGAACUGGCACGUUUGCCAAUCCGCGGUCGAGACGGUCUUGUCCGGCGGCGUUUUGAGGCCGUUGACGGCCGUUUUGACGCCGAGCCUCCACAAAUCUUCCGAGACGUCCAGUAGAGGCGCAUGCACGCUGCAAAACCUCUACUAUCCAUCCGUACCGUCCGCGUACUACGACGCGGAGCGAGUCCAACCGUUCGAUGCGGGGCUCUCUCUGAAGCCGAAUCUCGCGGCGGGAGAACGAGGAAGAGGCAGAGGAAUGAGAAGCAGCAGCUGUGUGAGUACUGCAGUGGAGAAGCGGCGAAGGGAUACGGUGUCGUUUAGUUCGGAAGAGUCGGUGAUGACGUCGACGACGAGCUUUGAACGCGGCGGGGGUCUCAAGGAUCGCAAGGUUUUGAACCUCUUUGUCUGAGUACGAUUAAUAAAUUAAUUAACAUAUGAGAGAGAGAGAUUAGAAGUGAUCAGCGAAUAAUGUAUUAAGAGGUAAACUGAUAAUCGGAGCCGAUCAAUUUUGUUGAAUUUUCCGGCGAAGCAUUUGGUUUUUUUUAUUUAUAAAUAUUUUAUUUUAUUUUAGUUUUGGUUGGGAGGAGUUGUUGUUGAUAAUGAUGAUGACGACGUGUACAAUUGUCGUUUAAGGACGCAGCUUUCAAUGGGGUUGCCUGGCCGUACAUCUUCUAUGUUUAGAGGACAUGCUGCUACUAGCAGCAUUCGUUAUCCGUCUCAAGCUGAUGAUGAGGACAAGUGGAAACAUGUUUGAUUUUCAUUUCUCAUCUCUUUGCUUUGCUGUACAUUGUGAUAUAAAUUUACUUUCGCCAAGCAAUAGCGGUAUUCCAAUUAAAUGGCACA